AUGUUAAUACCACCCGGCGCGGUCAUUUUCUGUUACUGCUGCUGCGGGCUCCUCCGUCCGAGACAGAUGUUGCGAAACCAAGGCCUCCUCAAGUGCCGCUGCCGCAUGCUCUUCAAUGACCUGAAGGUCUUCCUGCUGCGGAGACCCCCCGCGCCGCCGCCGCCCUCCCCGCCGCCGCCGCUCCCCAUGCUCGGCGGCGCAGAGGCGGCGGCGGGAGGCCCGGCGGGGGCCGCACCGCUCGUGGGGCGCGGGCUCGGCUGGCGGGCAGCGGGCGGCGGCGGUGGCGGCGGAGCGGGCAGCCCGGCCGCCGAGGAGUGGGGCAGCCCCGCCGGGGAGCCGCCCGCCUCCUUGCCCAGCAGCACCUCCUCGGAUGACUUCGGCAAGAGCAAGGCCGAGGACCGCUACUCGCUGGGCAGCAGCGUCGACAGUGGCAUCCGCACCCCGCUCUGCAGGAUCUGCUUCCAAGGGCCCGAGCAGGGGGAGCUGCUGAGCCCAUGUCGAUGUGAUGGAUCUGUGAAGUGCACGCACCAGCCAUGUCUGAUCAAAUGGAUUAGUGAGAGAGGCUGCUGGAGCUGUGAGCUGUGUUACUACAAGUAUCACGUCAUUGCCAUAAGCACAAAGAACCCUCUGCAGUGGCAGGCCAUCUCUCUGACAGUCAUUGAGAAGGUUCAGAUUGCAGCAGCCAUCCUGGGUUCCCUCUUCCUCAUCGCCAGUAUCUCGUGGCUCAUCUGGUCGACCUUCAGUCCUUCGGCCAAAUGGCAGCGCCAGGACCUGCUCUUCCAGAUCUGUUAUGGAAUGUACGGCUUCAUGGACAUUGUCUGUAUAGGUCUAAUAAUACAUGAAGGGCCCUCGGUUUACCGGAUUUUUAAGCGGUGGCAGGCGGUCAAUCAGCAGUGGAAAGUGCUGAACUAUGACAAAACAAAGGACAUGGAGGAACAAAAAACAGGGACCAGGACAAAUCAGCGCCCCUCCUCCCAAACCACCCACUCGUCCUCCACUGGUGGUACAGCCACUAACUCCGCUCCAGCCGACAGCGGGGCACGGGCUGCCGGCCAUGCCACAGGCACCCUCUCUGACCACCACUGUGCUUAUACCAUCCUGCAUAUACUCAGCCACCUGAGGCCUCACGAACAGAGGAGUCAGUCUAGUAGUAACAGAGAGCUCGUCAUGAGGGUCACGACGGUCUGAGCCGAGGAAUUCAGGAGGCCUUAACACAAAGCGGAGGAGACA